UAUUUUAAAGUAAUAUUAAUUUUAAAACAGCAUUAAGAUAUUAACUAGUACAGAAAUAUUUUAUUCCUUUAGUUAAUACUCAUUAGAGUUUCAUAAUAUUCAAUAAUAAUAAAAAUUAGAGUUUCAUAAUAAUUUUUUUUUUUUAUACUUUAGCUCACCUUGACUCGGAGUCCUGGCCCGUCCUUGGCAUCAUACGCACUCACUUUGUCUCUGCUACAAUGGGCAAGGGAAACCGAAGCAACGCGUAUCUUUGGGCCACCCUCCAACCAUGUUUCACAUCUCUCUACAUCGCCUUCUUGCUGCACCACGUGACCAGCACGGUCGGCAGCAACUCUCCCUUUCCUUACAUACCAGAGGACGAAAUUAACCUUGACUGUGGCUCCUCCGGCAAUUCGACCGCACUAGAUGGUCGGACCUGGAUUGGAGACGAGAAUUCUAUAUUCUUCCCAGUUGAACAUCUUCAAAACAAUGCAUCUCUAACUGCAAGCGUUGUGCAGCAAUCCUCCUCUGCUACCCGAGUACCCUAUACAACAGCCCGCUUAUCUCUCUCCCCAUUCAGCUAUAUAUUCUCAUCAGUCACUGCAGGCCAAAAAUUGGUUCGACUAUACUUCUACCCAGCUACUUACGGCACCUUUGAUCGCUCUAAAGCCCGAUUUUCUGUCAAAGCUGGACCUUUUACUCUUCUUCGCAAUUUUAAUGCUGCGCUUAUGGCAGACCCUGAUUAUGAUUCCGGCCAUGACACCAUAUUUAGAGAAUUCUGUGUCAACAUCGAGGAAGGUCAGAGGCUGAACAUAACCUUAACUCCAAGCGAUUCCAAUUCAUUUGCUUUUGUGAACGGAAUUGAAAUCUUGUCGAUGCCUACUUAUCUCUAUUACACUCCGUCUGAUGAUCAAGGGCUCCCUUUUAUCGGCCAAGAGAAGCUGUACCAAGUCGUUAAUGGAACUGCUCUCAUGAUGCUAUACAGAAUAAAUGUUGGAGGGAGCUUCAUCUCACCCGCCGGAGAUACAGGAAUGUUCCGUAGCUGGAAUUCGGACUACAAGUACUUGACAGAAGAUUUAACAUCUGAGCUACCAGUUAGUACUAUUGAACUAAACUUCAGCCAAAUACCUCCGUACACUGCACCGGAAGAAGUCUAUAGAACUGCCCGCACUAUAGGGAUUAACCGAUCCUCGAAUAAGUUAUACAAUCUCACUUGGCAACUUCCCGUGGAUUCUCAGUUUGAUUACCUUGUUAGGUUACACUUCUGCGAGUUUCAACCAGAGUUUAAAGCGGUGGGCGACCGACGAUUCCUCAUUUUCAUUGCAAAUCAAACCGCUGAGAAGGCAGCCGACGUGAUAAGAUGGAGUGGUGGGAGUGGGGUUCCGGUAUAUAGGGACUACGCUGUGUCGAUGUUUGGCUUAGAAGGCCAGAAAAGAGUGAACCUCUCUAUCGCCAUUUCUGCAGAUCCUGAACGGUACAGGGGUGCAAUCUUGAACGGUAUCGAAAUCUUCAAAGUCAACGACACCUAUGGAAAUCUCGCCGGACCCAACCCCAACACACUUCCGCUGACCCUUCCAACGGCAACAAAGUCAAAUAACAAUAGAAUAAAAAUAACGGCCAUCGUCGGUGGCGGAAUUUCCGGCAUUAUUGUUCUGUUGAUUCUCGGAUUCUUGAUUCUCCGGCGAGCCAAGACUAGUUGGCGUUGGCGGCGUCCAUUUUCUUUCCACACUUCCAAGUCAACAAAGACACACGGAUCAUUGCUACCGUAUUUGUGCCGUAACUUCUCAUUGGCUGAGAUUAAAGCAGCCACCAAAAACUUUGACCAAAAUUCCAUUAUUGGUGUUGGUGGGUUCGGUGACGUGUAUAAAGGGUACAUACACGUUGAUGGUGAGGCCACCCAUGUUGCGAUCAAACGGUUGAAACCCGGUUCUCAACAAGGGGUCCAAGAGUUCAGAACAGAAAUUGAGAUACUAUCUCAGCUCCGCCACCACCAUCUCGUUUCUUUAAUAGGAUAUUGCAAUGAUGGCAACGAGAUGAUCCUUGUGUAUGAUUUUAUGCCUGGUGGGACUCUUUGUAGUCAUCUCUACGACACUGAUAUAAGUCAUAAGACACCUCUUCCGUGGAAUCAACGCCUCCAAAUCUGUCUUGGUGCGGCACGUGCGUUAAACUACUUGCAUAUAGGUGCAGAGCACCCUAUCAUUCAUCGUGAUGUUAAAAGCACAAACAUUUUAUUGGACGAGAAAUGGACAGCCAAGGUGUCCGAUUUUGGAUUGUCAAAAUUUGGUACUACUAGCACGUCCAAGGCCCAUGUUAGCACAGCUGUUAAGGGUAGUUUUGGGUAUUUGGAUCCGGAAUAUUAUCGACGCCAACAGUUGACAGAGAAGUCUGAUGUGUACUCUUUUGGGGUGGUGUUGUUUGAAGUGUUGUGUGCAAGGCCACCCAUCAUGCAUACGGUAGAGCACGAGGAGAUAAGUCUAGCAGAGUGGGCCCUGAAAUGUUAUCGCAAUGGGAAGCUUGGUCAGAUUGUUGAUCCAUUAUUGAAGGCUGAAAUUGAACCAGAGUGUUUGAAGAAAUUUGGCGAGAUUGCAGUGAAUUGUUUGCAUGACAAUGGAACCGAACGGCCAUCAAUGAAUGAUGUGGUGUGGGGUCUUGAGCUCGCAUUGCAGUUGCAAGGGAGUGCAGAAAAAGCUAUCUUCCAUGGGGAGCAAAGUUUUGCUAGUAAGGAAUAUCAGGAUGGAUUGAUGUCGAUGUUUUCUGAGAUUAUGAAUCCCAGAGGUCGAUGAAAGAUAUGCUAGCUAGCUGAAUUUUAAGAGUUUUAUUUGAGUGAUGGUUGCAACCUUGCAAACUAGCACAACAAUUCAUUUUAUUUCACUUAUUAUUAUUAAGCAACAUACUAGUGGUAAUGCAUAUAUCUGAUAAGAACACUUUGUAAGCAUAAACUUAUCAGCGCUCUUAUUGCAGUAAUAUUCAGUCGUAUAAAAUUAUAAUUGUACGUUUUUCUAGGAUGUGACAUAGAAUUAUGAAGUUUUGAAAACUAGAAUAAGUACUUGUAUCCAUAAAAUCAAAAUGUCCAUAAUAUUGACGUGUCGUGUUCAUAAUCUUAGUCGAAUUGUUUUUAUUUAUUAUUAUCUGGUGUCUUGCCAGAAUUAGUGAUUCAAGCUGUAUUUUAUGUGGCAAUUUAGUGGAAUCAUAUGCUCAUUUUAAGUGCACUGCCACAAGGGCCAUAUGGCAUGCCUGCAGCUGGGGUUUAAGAUCUGGUACCCUUCAGAUAUUAUUAAGCUGGUUCUAAAUCCACACGCUCAGUUUCUGCCAGGUGAUUAGCAGCACAGGGAUCGAAGUGGCUGAGAUAUUCUCCUUGCAGAUGACAUUCACUUUGGAUUCUAUUUGGAAUUUAAGAAACCAUAUUGUUCACAAGGGGGGUGAGGUUAACAUCAUGGCUACCAUCUGUGUCAUCGAAAAUAGAGUGAAAGAGUAUUUGCUCAUGACGAUGACAUGGCUUAAAGUGAAGAAAUGAUUUCCUGGAAGCCCCCUCCUAGGGGUAUGAUAAAUUUAAAUGUGGAUGCUGCUGUUUUCGAAUGACUUUACUACUUUGGUUGUGGUGGCUAGGAUGAUUUUGGUGAGAUGCUGAAGGUUUGGGCUAUGUGCUCCAAUUCAGGCUUGAGCACCUGCAAUACUCAGGGCUUUGUGUAU